AGCAAACAGACAUGGAAAAACAGCCAGAUGAACCUUCAAACUCCACCGUCGGCGAACUACCAUCCCAAUACAAAAGAAUGUCUGCGGCACGGGAGCCAUCAAAUUCUCAAUCAUCAAAAAUUGUAUAUUUUAUUGUUCCAAUUAUCGUGGCAUCUUGCCUAUUAUGGAUGGCACAUGUUCAAUGGAAAAGUUCCUCAAAAGUAGAACAGUUUCAUAAAAACGUUGAGGAAAUAGAGAAUCAGGAAAAAAUACGAAUUGAAGGCGUUCAUGACUUAAAAGAAACGCUACAACCAUUUGCUGAUGGAUAUAGAACUGAUAACUUCAUACCCAAACACAAUCUUGCCAUUUGUGAAAUCAAGGGGAAUUUCCCGGAAUUGAAUGCAGCCAUUUGUUGUUAUUUGCACAAUCCUUCGCUAUUCACAGCGGCGAACAAGACAAUUUCACAGGAUUUGGUAGAGAAUGGUUUGUGCUCAAAAGAAGAUUCAUUCCGAAUGACUACAUGGGAUAAAUGGACAAAAUACGUCACUGACAAAGUUUGCCAUGUGGCAAUCAUUCAACACCCUCUUGAACGGUUUUCCCGAUCUUUUGUUGAAAUAUGCAUAAAACAAAAAGCAUGCUAUAACUGUCAGGACAACGUAGAUUGCUUUAUGAAAAAAUUGCUGAGAGAGCAUUCGCCACUUGCAGAAGGGUUGGAGGGAAAUUAUAGAACAUAUGUGACACAUCAUUUCAGCCCACAAACCUGGAAUUGUCAUUUCAACCGCGACUUAAAUAAGAUUCAAUUUCUGAAGUUUGGAGGAAGCAAGGAAGAUCUUGCCAAAUUUCUAACCGAUUUGGAUAAAAUUCUAGGAGAACAAGGCGUUGAGGCAGAUGUUCGAAGUGUUAUUACCAAUGAGAUAAAUAAGAUCCCGUUGGAAUUAACUCCUGAGGAGCAGGUUGUGAAAGAUAAUAUUCGGAAUAACGAGGAUCUGUUUAGAUUGUUUAGAAAUUUAUACGAACAUGACUAUAUACUUUUUGGAUACUCUUUGUAAUUUCUAAGAUUAUUGUUUGAAAAUCUUCAACUCUGCUGUCACGGUUGUUAACUGUCUAAUUCGUGAAUGUUACUUUUUGAAAUCUGAUCUCUUCGAUUUAAAUUAUUAAAUUAACAAAGUAGUGCCAAAUAAAUAAUUUGUAUAGGG